AUGGAUCAAAUAUCAUCACAUGGACAUUCACUUCCUCCACCUUUUCAUACAGCGAGAGAUCUUCAUCUUCAUCACCAGCAUCAACAACAACAGCAGCAACAGCAGCAACACCAUCAAUUCCAUGCUUUACAGCAACAACAUACCACAGAUCAAGAUGAACAAAGCGGAAGUAGCAGCGGCGGAGGACUCAACCUCACAAACCGAGAAGAAAACAGCAAGUUCAACGCUGAUUUUAACGCGAAAUUAGAUUCCGGAGGAGGUUCUGGAGGCGAUAAUGAUUCAAUGACAAGAAGACCAAGAGGAAGACCGGCCGGAUCCAAAAACAAACCAAAACCACCAAUCAUCAUCACACGUGACAGCGCAAACGCCUUGAAAACCCACGUGAUGGAAGUUGCAGACGGCUGCGACGUCGUUGAAAGUGUCAACAACUUCGCGAGACGCCGUCAGAGAGGGGUUUGCAUCAUGAGCGGAACCGGAACAGUUACGAACGUGACACUAAGGCAACCGGCUUCACCUGGAGCUGUAGUAACUCUUCACGGACGGUUCGAGAUUUUGUCGCUAGCUGGAUCGUUUCUUCCGCCGCCGGCUCCGCCUGCCGCUUCUGGUUUGACUAUAUAUUUAGCCGGCGGACAAGGACAGGUUGUUGGCGGAAGUGUUGUUGGUGCUUUGAUUGCUUCUGGACCUGUUGUCAUCAUGUCUGCUUCUUUUAGUAACGCUGCUUACGAGAGACUUCCUUUGGAUGAAGAUGAUGGUUCUUCUUUGCAACAACUCCAAGGUGGUGGUGGUGGUGGUUCUCCAAGUGGUGGUGGUGGCGGUGGUGUUCAACAGACACAACUUUUGGGAGAUUCAACAGCUCCACUUUUUCAAGCUAUGCCACAACCUCCAAAUUCUAAUCAUAAUCCUAAUCUUCUCAAUUCCGUUAUGCCUUCUGAUAAUUUCUGGCCAACUGGUCGAUCUCCGUAUUGA